AUGCCUAUGGAGCCCACAGCGGUAGGAAGCAAUCAGACCUUGGUGACAGAGUUUGUCCUAGUGAGCUUCACAAAAGACCCACAAUUGCGAGCUGCCCUCUUUGUGAUCUUCCUCUGCACCUACACUCUGACACUGAUGGGCAACCUGGGCCUCAUGGUCUUAAUCUUCCUGAAUUCAUGCCUGCACACUCCCAUGUACUUCUUUGUUGGCAACCUGUCUUUCUUGGACACAUGGUACUCCUCAGUCUAUAUGCCCCGAAUCCUGGUAGACUGCAUCUCCAAGAGCAACGUCAUCUCCUAUGCUGGCUGUGCUGCCCAGUUCUUCUUCUCUGCAGGUCUGGCCCAUACUGAGUGCUUUCUGCUGGCAGCCAUGGCCUAUGACCGCUAUGUGGCCAUCUGCAACCCACUACUCUACUCCUCUGUAAUGACCAGGAAGCUCUGCAGCCAGCUGGUGGCUGGCUCCUAUGUGGCUGGCUUUAUCAACACUAUUGUGCACACAGGUAACACUUUCCGCCUGCAUUUCUGUGGGGACAACACUAUUGAUCACUUCUUCUGUGAUGUACCACCACUGAUGAAGAUGGCCUGUGAUAAUACCCAGGUCUAUGAGUUCAUACUAACUGCUGCAGUUGGUUUUAGUGUGGUGGCCACCACUGCCCUUAUUCUGGGUUCCUACACAGGCAUUGUGGCAGCCAUCUUGCGCAUACGCUCAGCCACUGGCCGACACAAGACCUUCUCCACCUGCUCUGCACAUCUCAUCUCAGUCCUCCUUUAUUAUGGCUCCCUCCUCUUCAUGUACUUGCAGCCCAGGUCCCUGCACACCCCAGAUAGGGACAAGGUGACUGCUGUGUUCUGUACAGUGGUCAACCCUUUGGUCAACCCCCUCAUCUACAGCUUGCGCAAUAAAGAUGUGAAAGAGGCAUUCAGGACAACCCUCAGGAGAAUCCUAGCACCCAAGUGA